UUUUUAUAAUCGGGAUGCCAACCCUAAAUCCCCCCUUUCUCCUGAUCCCUACAUUUGAUUUAGACAGAACAAAGGAGUUUUCCCCUUAAAUCACAAACGUACCAGUUAUGGAAGAUCAUCAAAUUAGCGGAAACGAUAUCAACAAGGAACUAAACCCAAGGCAGUUACAGCUAUUCGUUAAACUUCUCAAUGGCAGAACUUUGUCGCUCCAAUUCCCUACCCCUCAAGUCCAUGUCGGUGAUGUCAAGCAUCGAAUUCAGGAAAUUACCCAAAUCCCUAUUGAUUUCCAUCGCCUGAUUCGCGGUCAUCAACUUAAUGACGAGUCGGUGAUUUCUCAGUCCAAUGCCACCCUCAAUUUCUCCCUCAGGCUUCUUGGUGGCAAAGGAGGUUUCGGAUCGCUGCUACGUGGUGCAGCCACGAAGGCCGGGCAAAAGAAGACGAACAAUUUCGAGGCGUGCCGAGACAUGAGCGGAAGGAGGCUCAGGCAUGUAAACGCUGAGAAGAGGUUGGAGGAGUGGAAAGCGGAAGAGGAACAGAGGAAGUUGGAGAAGAUGGCGGAGGACUUCAUAAAGAAGAAAGCAAAAACUGGGAAAAAAGGAGUCGGAGAUGUAGCGGCCGAGAAGUAUGUAGCAAAAUAUAGGGAGGAGUCAGCGAGAUGCGUGGCGGUGGUUGAAGAGUCUGUCAGGGCAGCGUGCCAAAACAGAAAGCGUAAGGCGGUGCCAGGAGGGGCUGACCCCAAAAAAUUGAAGAUUUGGAUGGGAAAGAGUAAAGUUGUUGAGAGUGAUAGUGAUUAUGAUGAUAGCAGCGAGGAUGAAGAAGAAAAUGAGAAAUCUGUAGUUUUGAACAAUGGGAAUCAUUCAGAUUACAGCAAGGCAACUGAAGGGAGUUCCGGCUCGGUUUCCGGUGGUAAUCAUGAUAUCGAAAUUUCAGGUGGAGCCUCGAGUGAGACUGGUUCUGAGGAAGGGAAGGAGGUUGUUGUGCACCAAAGCUCCGAAUCCUGUGGCGAAGAUGCCAAUGCCAUGGUUGAAGCAGAUGUGAUUGCUGGAAAUGAACAAGGUCAAGCUGAGAUGCUGGAACAUUAUGGAAUUAAAACUGAAGAUCCGGUUGAAAUAGUUAGUCAACAUUUCAAUGUUCCAGUUGCAGAAACUGAAGAUGGAAAUAAACUUAACAAUGAAGUCAAUUGCUCAUCUAACCCGGAAUCAGGAGUUUGUGAAGAAACAGUAGUUUCAAAUGCUAACAUUGCAGAACCAGAAAAGCCAUUGAACUUUGAUGACUUCAAUUCUUCUGAAGAGAUGGAGAUUCUUGGACUGGAGCGGCUGAAAUCUGAACUGCAAGCACGUGGGCUAAAAUGUGGUGGAACAUUGCAAGAGCGAGCUGCCCGUCUUUUCUUGCUAAAAUCUACCCCUUUCAAUAAGCUUCCAAAGAAGUUGCUUGCAAAGAAAUGAAAUAAUCAUAUGUAGUAAGCUGAGGGUUCACAUCACCUCAUAAGGGAUGUUACUUUCUGUCAAACCAAGAAAUGUGCAUAUUUCGUUUGUUCUGUUUAAUGUUGUAUGACUUGGUUUUUGUAAGCUGAAACCCGGUUAGUUAAAGGGAUCGUGAAAGUCCUAAUGCGUAUGACGCCUUAUUGAA